CCUGCGCAGUUCUACGAGUCCCCCAUGGAUACGCCGACGAGGUAGCCCGCUACUAUGGCUAUUGACAAGCAAAAGGCCAUUCUUUUUGGCGCUGCAGCCGCAGUGAGGCUGUUCCUGUUCACUGCGUUUCCGUCCUUACCGAACCUCCUCACGGGUCGCGUUGAGAUCUCCACACCCGUAACGAGCUUCAAGAGAUUACAAGAAGGACUUUUCCUAUACACCCACAAUGUCUCUCCCUACGAUGGCGGAGUCUUUCACCAGGCUCCCUUACUCCUACCCCUCUUCUCCCUUCUCCCGAAUCCAUCCACGUAUCCCUUUGCGACGAAUCUGCUAUACACAAUCGUAGAUCUGCUGGGAGCCAGCGCGCUUAUGCAGAUCGCCGAGACCGGCCAGUCUGUGUCUUCAAGGCUUUUUACGUCCCCGAGGAAAGAUUUGAGAUGGAGCAAUAUAGCGAUAGGAGCGAGCUUUCUGUUUAGCCCAUUUACGAUCGCGACUUGCAUUGCCAGACCAACAUCAGCUCUGGCCAAUUUUUUCGUCCUUAGUUCCAUUGCGAAAGCAACACAGGGAGCCAGCAUAACUUCCAUCCUUGCCUUGGCCUUCGCGUCAUACCUCUCCUUCCAUCCGAUCCUACUGUUCCCGCCCCUGCUCUUAAUGCUAUAUGACGCUCAUGUGACUUCGUCGAAGGCCUCGCCGAACCCGAUAGGAUUCUCACUAGCACACGUCGGUGGCCUCGCUACAGCUUUAGGCAUGCUGCUUUACCUCUCAGCUAUUCUGACGGGAUCAUGGGAAUUCCUUGCUGCGACCUAUGGAGUGCGACUGCUGCUUCCCGACCUCACCCCUAACGUCGGAUUAUGGUGGUACUUCUUUACCGAGAUGUUCGACUCGUUCCGCGAGUUCUUCCUUGGAGUAUUCUGGCUGCACAUACUUUCAUACGUCGGAGGUCUCACAUUUCGAUUGCGGCAGCAGCCCUUGUUCGUUGUAACCUCAUUGCUUGGUAUUUUUGCAAUAUUCCAGCCUUACCCUAGCAUUGCGGAUAGUUCGUUGUAUCUGGCGCUGGUGCCACUUUACCGACACAUAUUUCCACUGAUGAGGUAUAGCUUCUUGGCUUCUUCAACCCUUCUCUAUGCAUCCUUCCUCGGACCGGCGUUCUACUAUCUCUGGAUCUAUGCGGGGUCUGGAAACGCCAACUUUUUCUAUGCCAUCACAUUGGUCUGGAGUCUCGGACUUUCUGUGGUGGUUGGGGAUUCACUGUACGCCGUGCUCAGGGACGAGUGGGAGGUUGAAAGACCAGAGAUGCAGGGCAAGGAGGUUAGACGCAUAUAAUUGAAGAUCGGGCUGAGAACAUGCAUUACAAGGCUCGUUUUUGCAAUCUUUUGAUGCUACUAGCAUGAGUGAGUGGGCCCUUUGCUCGUUGCGAAAAUUUGACCCAUGAAGGUUGCGAUCGGCAGUGCAGUACGGGUCUGACUCCUAUCUAUCUAAACCGUACGCUUCGUCUGGAUUACUCCAAGAGUCCAGACCCUUGAAUACGACCAUCCUCACAUCCUCUCCAUGCCCUUGGACCCCCUCACCAUGGAUCGGAUGUCAUUCAACUGCAUCCGAUGGUUAGCCUACCAAACUCUCAAUCGCUGCCUAUCGGUCUUCCGCCAAUCGUCCCCAAACACCUAGGGCCCUGGAAGUUACACAACACCUGCCUGCACACUAUCUCUGCAAAGCAGCAGGGCUAGGCUCCCA